GGCAGUCAGCACACAAACCCGGCUAGAGACGCCAUUGUAAAAUAGUGAAGGGUGGUGGAGAAAGGGGAAAUAGGUGGAUUGUGAAUUGUUUGCUUUUAGGUCUUAGUCCUAUAGUUAGCGGCACGUUUUUUGAACUAUUUCUCCUUUGUAACUCCCAAGCUAUCGAUCAUGGCGUGUGGAGCUACGUUAAAGCGUUCGAUGGAGUUUGAGGCCCUCCUUAGUCCACAGUCCCCAAAGCGGAGGAGGUGCAACCCGCUGCCGGGGACCCCGGGCACUCCGUCCCCUCAAAGAUGCAACCUCCGGCCGCCAACAGACAGCCCUUCGCACUCGAUGUCACCUCAAUCGAUGGGAGGGGAACACAGGCUCACUCCAGAGCAGAUCUUUCAGAACAUCAAGCAGGAGUACAGCCGUUACCAGCGGCGACGGCAGCUGGAGGGGGCCUUCAACCAGAGUGAGGGGUGUGGCCCCAGCGAGAGCCAGAGUCAGAGCCCCGCCCUCCCUGCCCCCAGCUCCCCACCAGGCUCCUCCUCGGUGAGGAAGGACCAGCCCUCGUUCACCCUGCGGCAGGUGAGCUUCCUGUGCGAGCGUCUGCUCAAAGAUCACGAAGAGAAGAUCCGCCAGGACUACGAACAGAUCCUCAACACAAAACUCGCAGAACAGUAUGAAUCCUUUGUGAAAUUCACACAAGACCAGAUCAUGCGGAGAUAUGGAGCCAGGCCGGCCAGUUAUGUCUCUUGAAGAACUCAAUCAGCAGGUACCAGCCCUCCACUCUACAAGAUGGCUGCUGUAGCCCCACACCCCACCACCCUUCAUUUUUUUCCCUUUUUGGUUUAAAUUUAUUAUAUAUAUUUUUUUGCAAAGCGUUUUGGUGCCAUGAUUUCUCCAGAUUUUAAUCCCCCCCCCCCCCGUGAAGAUUCCUACUUUGAAAUCAUUGCUGCUGGCUCAUCGCCGCGAUUAAAGGAAAGAAAAAAAGAAAGAUGUAAAAAGUCUUUUAUUGAUGUGCGCGCUCUCUGUGGAAAACGACUGCAGCAGGUUUGUGUGUGUCUCUCCCCCCCCCCAGUGCUGCAGAAUGCCUGGCUGCUGUGACUGUUCUGUACCUACCCGACCCCCGCCUCUGCCCCCACCCCCACCCCUUAUUCUUUUUUUUUUUUAAGAAUAAAAGUUCUGUGACAAGUCACUUUUUUUUUUUUGCUAUGUACAUAUUUUUUUUCAGAUCAUGUAUUUUAGUGCACUACAUACAGUUAAUUGUACAGUUCUCCUGUUUUUCUGGUUUUUUUUUUUCUUUCCUUUUUAAAAAAAUAAAUCCUGAUUUCUGUUUUAGUUUUGAAAUUGGUCGGGAGAUUGGUGGUAUCGGUGACCACUUGUGAUUUACAUGAUCAGGUUCUAACUUCCUGCACACAAUCCAAAAUCUAAAUCUGGAUUUUGGUUUGAAUUGAAGGGGUUCUGCUACAUCUAGUUUGAAUUUUUCUACUUUUUUUUGACACCACAGAAUCACUUGAGAUAGAAGCGUGGUUACAGUAUAUUUAUUUUAUUCUCUCUCUCUCUGACACACACACACACACACAUACAAACACACAUACAAACACAAACACAGACACACAACACCUCAUUUUACAGGGUCCUUGCAAGCAAGCAGGAAAAAAAAUGUAAAAGGUGAACAGGAGAUUAUAUGUUCUUUAUAUACAUGCAUGUGUAUCUUUAUCAAGCCCCUUUUGAGACCCUUUUGAGGAAUACCAAAAAAUGUGUGAAAACGGGCCUGUUUUGGGCGGUGUCCUUAUUGAACAGCACGCGCCACUUGGGUUUGCAGUCGUGCUUUAAUGUACUGCUUCUGUGUGAAUGUUGCCUGGUUACACACCGUGGCUGUUAAACAGUGCGAAACCACAUUACUACACCGCAGCGCGCACCGCUAAACCGUUUAUAGAGUGAUUUUGGUUUUGCUUCGUUCUUUUUUCGACCCCUCUCUCCCUUUCUUUUCGAAGUCUUUCAGGGAUCUGCGUAAUUAAUGCCAAUGAGUCUGUAUGCUGAACUGUUAAAAAAACAAAAAGAUAAGGACCCGUUGGGAUUUUCUGUGUGCGUGUGCGUGUGCUUUUCUUGAAUGUCCUUCAAAUUUCAGCUUUUGGAAUGUACUGACACACCUCCCCCUUUCUCAGAGUCAAUUAAACGCGUCAUGUAACUCGCUUUCAUCAAUGCAGUCUCCACAAGUAAACAUCCACACAGCUUCACAGCGUUCGUUAUACCAAGUAUAAAACCGUCAACCUGAAACAGGAGUGUAACAUUUUUCCAACAGCCAGGUUAAAACGUUUUUUUUUUAAGUAAAUAUGAUAAAGGCAUUGUUAUACUUUAUGCAUCAUUCAUUUCUCUUUUGAUGUAUUAGUUUUGUUAGCGCGCACCCCAUUGUAUCUCCGUCACGGAACAUCUGAAUCGUGGUGUCCUGUGUCUGGAGAUACCGCUGGGUGUGUUCGGCUUCAGGAGGCUGUGGUCGCCGCGUUUUCAUGCGCUUUUCUCGGACGGAAAGUGAUUUUUAAACCUGCGGAAUGGGUUUCUUAAGGGCACCUUGUAUUUUUUAUUUUUAUGUUUUUUUGGUUUGUUUUCGGCUCUGUACAGUUUACCCCUCAUUUUGUUCAUUGUGUAGUGUUAAUGGGUUUAGUUGAAUGAAUAAAUACAUUGGAGAAAA